CCCAAGGGCCAGCUCUAAUAGGACACUUUGAAUGGCAAUGGACAGCUUCGGAUCAACUGCAAACUAUGCCUCAAAUUUGUCAUCCCCUGGAGAAGAAGAUUUCCUCACCAGGCCGAUCCUUCUCAGCCACGAUCCUGAUGGCCGGCGCCUCGAUACCGAGUUAUUGCUUCAAGCAGUGGAGAACAUUCUUUAUAAUGCUGCUCCAUCUCAGGUUUCUAAUGAACAUGACGAAGCAAUUGCAAAGAGUGAAAUAGGAAACAAUAUUGACGUGGUUGCAUCAGAAGAGCCACUGGGACAGACCAUCUAUAAGCUCUCAAGAGUGAUACUUUACAAUUGCUCAGUGGUUGGGGAUACACAUUCGAAGACAAUGAUGUUAUUUGAGAUGCUUGGGAGUCACAGAUGGGAUGCAAAAGCAGUGCUGGUUCUUGCAGCCUUUGUCUCAAUCUAUGGUGAAUUUUGGCUUGUAAUGCAGCUUUGUACCAGCAAUCCCUUGGCAGCAUCUGUGGCACUGCUGAAGCAGUUGCCAGCCUGUGAUUUAAGCUUUUUGAAGCCUCGAUUUAAGGCAUUGAGCACACUGUUAAAGGCGAUCAUUGAUGUGAUUAGGUGCAUUAUCAACUUUGAAGGCUUGCCAGUCGAUGAAGUAAUCGUGGAAGUGGAAGAUGAGGCAAUUGGCAUUGCAAAAUCUCAAAUCCGUGUAGCCAUUUAUUGGGUCAUUAGAAGUGUCCUGAGAUGCUCUUUCUGUGUUAAAGAGUUGACAGCCAUGGAAAAUGUGCAAGGAUUUGAAUUCAACAGCCAUUGCAACAUGGGAGCUCUCAAGCUUGGCUUGCAGGUUGGCCGCCAUAACCAAUCGCCUGGUCAAGCAGAUGGAUGUUUGCUAUCCGCUGACAGUUUCUUGUUUCACCCUAAAAAAACCACAGAGACAAAGAUGCAUGACAAGCUUUUCUAUCUCUUUAAUGAGCCCAAUAUUGACAACCAAGAAGUGCUUGGCCUGCUAUUUUCCUUCAAGGAUAACUUGCCAUUGAAACAUUGUGCCUCCCAAUCAAAGCUUGGAUUGUCUGAUCUGAGAAACAAGAUAGUGAUACUCUUGAUCUCAAAACCAGAACUUUUCCCCUUAGAAAUGUUGCUCUUGCUGGUGCAAAACAUGUUUGAUCAUCCGGAACGGACUAGGCUAGAAGGAGGCUAUGAAAUUUUAUGGGUCCCCAUUUCGUCAUCGGAUUCGUGGACCUAUGCAGAGAAGGAGAGUUUUGAAUUUCUGUCAAACUCCUUGUCAUGGCUUUCAAUUAGGAGACCUUGGUUGCUUAGCUCAAUGGAGGUGAAAUUCAUCAAAUUUGCAUUUGGCUUUGAAGACGAACCCUUAAUGGUAGUAUUGGACACUCAAGGUAUGAUCACAAACCUAAAUGCAAUUGACAUGGCAUUGAUCUGGGGUGCUGAGGGCUACCCCUUUUCGGUUUCCCGAGAAAAUGAGCUGUGGGAAAGUGAAGCUUGGAAUCUGCAACUAUUGCUUGAUAGGAUUGAUCCAUUGGUUGCCAAGUGGGUAGAAGAAAAUCGAGAAAUCUGUAUUUAUGGAGGUGGCAAUCUAGAUUGGAUUAGAGAAUUCACUGCCAAGAUGAAGGGCAUCAUAAGUGCAGGAUUGAAGCUUGACAGGGUCUAUGUUGGCAACAAAAAUUCAAGUGAUGAGCGCAUCAAGGAUGUUUUAGCCACCAUGCGCGAGGAGAAGCAGGCUGGAUCCUUAACUUUCACGAAGAUUAAAUUCUUCUGGCUUCGGUUGGAGAGCAUGAGAAGAUCAAAACUCCGGUUAGGGUACACCGAUGAUGGUAAGGACAGGGUCCUAGAACAGUUAAGCAGGUUGCUGGAAGCUGAUGAUGGGAAUGAGAAAGGUUGGGUACUAAUGGGGAGAGGGGCUUCCAAAGAGAUUCUUAUGCUUCAAGGAAGAGAGGCCAUAGAAUGCUUAGAGCUCUUUAAAGUGUGGGGAAAAAAUGUGGCCAUGCUGGGGUUGGUUGGUGCAAUUAAAGCUGCAAUGGUUGAGCCACCUCUUAAUACUACUGAGCCUUGCCAUCACUCUUAUACUAUGCCUUAUGUCGAAGGUCUGGAAGAGGUGGUAGUCUGUGAAAAAUGUCACCGCCCUAUGGAGAAAUUUGUCUUCUAUGAAUGUGAAAAAACCGAGUAGGAAACCCUUGUCAUGUUAGUCUUCAUCAAAGAAAGACAUUGGAACAUCUACAAGAUACAGGUUACCAAGGUUCAUAGGAAUGGCUUGGAAUUUCUUACACACAUAUGCAUAAAUUACAUGGUUUUGUUUUCUCUUCUCCUUUCAUCAAACACUUCAUGUUAUUUGUAUAUUUUAAA